GCGAAAAAAUUGGCGUAUGUUUUAUCAUAUGGAACCAGUUCCGGUUCCUUUUACCUGGAGCCAUUAGUGAACCGAACUGCAGUGCCGACGAGCGGCAGUUCACACACAACAUUUGAAAAAUUUUGCAACAGCAGCAGUAGCAGAACCUCGCAGCCCAGCCAACCAUGUCCGGAAUCAUGCGUGUGCCAUCGAUUUUGGCCAAAAAUGCAGUCGCCUCCAUGCAACGUGCCGCUGCUAUCGGAGUGCAGCGCAGCUACCACAUCACACACGGCCGCCAGCAGGCCUCGGCGGCCAAUCCGGACCUGAUUUCGAAGCAGUACCCGGUGGUGGACCACGCCUACGAUGCGAUCGUCGUGGGAGCAGGAGGUGCCGGCUUGCGGGCUGCCUUCGGUCUGGUGGCCGAGGGAUUCCGCACGGCGGUGAUCACCAAGCUGUUCCCCACCCGCUCGCACACGAUCGCCGCCCAGGGCGGAAUCAAUGCGGCGCUGGGCAACAUGGAGGAGGACGACUGGAAGUGGCACAUGUACGACACGGUCAAGGGCUCCGAUUGGCUGGGCGACCAGGACGCCAUCCACUAUAUGACCCGUGAGGCGCCCAAGGCCGUCAUUGAGCUGGAGAACUACGGUAUGCCCUUCUCCCGCACCCAGGACGGAAAGAUCUACCAGCGGGCCUUCGGCGGUCAGAGUCUGAAGUUCGGCAAGGGCGGUCAGGCCCAUCGCUGCUGCGCCGUGGCCGAUCGCACGGGUCACUCGCUGCUGCACACGCUGUACGGCCAGUCGCUGAGCUAUGACUGCAACUACUUUGUGGAAUACUUCGCCCUGGAUCUGAUCUUCGAGGAGGGCGAGUGCCGUGGCGUGCUGGCGCUCAACCUGGAGGAUGGCACACUGCACAGGUUCCGGGCCAAGAACACGGUCAUCGCCACCGGCGGCUACGGACGUGCCUUCUUCUCGUGCACCUCGGCGCAUACGUGCACCGGUGACGGCACCGCCAUGGUGGCCCGCCAGGGUCUGCCCUCCCAGGAUCUGGAAUUCGUGCAGUUCCAUCCGACCGGCAUCUACGGCGCCGGCUGCCUCAUCACCGAGGGCUGCCGCGGCGAGGGUGGCUACCUGAUCAACGGCAAUGGUGAGCGCUUCAUGGAGCGCUACGCUCCGGUGGCCAAGGAUCUGGCCUCCCGCGACGUUGUCUCGCGUUCGAUGACCAUCGAGAUCAUGGAGGGCCGCGGCGCUGGUCCCGACAAGGAUCACGUCUACCUGCAGCUGCACCAUUUGCCGCCCAAGCAGCUGGCCGAACGCCUGCCCGGCAUCUCGGAGACCGCCAUGAUCUUUGCCGGCGUUGAUGUGACCCGCGAGCCCAUCCCCGUGCUGCCCACGGUGCACUACAACAUGGGCGGUGUGCCGACCAAUUAUCGCGGCCAGGUGAUCACCGUCGACAAGGAUGGCAAGGAUGUGAUAGUGCCGGGACUGUAUGCCGCCGGUGAGGCUGCCUCCAGCUCGGUGCACGGUGCCAACCGAUUGGGUGCCAACUCGCUGCUGGAUCUGGUCGUCUUCGGACGUGCCUGCGCCAAGACCAUCGCCGAGUUGAACAAGCCCGGUGCCCCGGCCCCCACACUCAAGGAGAACGCUGGCGAGGCCUCGGUGGCCAAUCUGGACAAGCUGCGCCACGCCAACGGCUCGAUCACCACCGCCGAUCUGCGCCUCAAGAUGCAGAAGACCAUGCAGCACCACGCUGCUGUGUUCCGUGAUGGCCCCAUCCUCCAGGACGGCGUUAACAAGAUGAAGGAGAUCUACAAGCAAUUCAAGGACGUCAAGGUUGUUGAUAGGUCGCUCAUCUGGAACUCCGAUCUGAUAGAGACCCUCGAACUGCAGAACCUGCUGGCCAAUGCACAGAUGACCAUUGUGAGCGCUGAGGCGCGCAAGGAAUCGCGUGGUGCCCACGCUCGUGAGGAUUUCAAGGUUCGCGAGGAUGAAUAUGAUUUCAGCAAACCCCUCGAAGGACAGCAAAAGAAGCCCAUGGAUCAGCAUUGGCGCAAACACACCCUUUCGUGGGUGUGCAAUGACAAUGGUGACAUUACGCUGGACUACAGAAACGUAAUCGAUUCCACGCUCGACGGCGAGGUCUCCACGGUGCCACCAGCGAUUCGCUCGUACUAAGACUAGACCUGGAGUUGCACGGACACCCGCAAACACAUCACAUACCACCACACAAUCACACGUACGGAUGUCUACUUAAACGUCCUUGUGGGCGCCUUUAAAAUAUUAUGUCAAGUCGCCAAUGUGCUGCAAUGUGCUACCAAUUCGUAACUCGUAAUACGUAACUCGUAACUGGGAACUCGACAGCGGUUCCUCUUGGCGUUUUGCGAUAAAAUGUAAAACCAGCUAUUCUAAACAUCCUAUAUAUUCUUUAUAUAUAUAUCAAACUCUGCUGUUUCUAUUUAUUUUUGAACGCUGCCCUCCAUCUGGUUACUGUUCGGUUGUCGGUUAUUUACAAUUCUACAUAAGCGAAAAAUGUGUGUGUGUGUGUGACAACGAGUUAGGCAUUGAGGCGAUUUGGACAAUAGAGAAUGUCAGCAAGCAAAUGAAAACAAAUCCAACUACAAUUUUCUAGUAUUUGUUAAACUUAUUAAAUUAUUAAAAACGAAAACAUGUAAAAACAAUAAAAAAAAAGAACAAAAGUCGAAAACAUUUGCGAUACAGUAAAUAAAAGUGAUGAAGAUUACGAGGGCAAA